UUGAUUAUUACUUGAAUAUAAAUUAUCGAGGGAUAAGCAUUUUAAUUUUGUGAGUCAUGAUCAUCUUGUAAACAAUAUUCAGUAAAGUUCUAGAAUUGAAGGCAUAGUAACACGAUUGUACCAGUACUUUGUUAGAUAGAGCGAGUUUCCAGCAAAAGUGAAAUUGUUACAAAACUUUGAAAUGGAACAAAACGAAUUUCCAGUAAGGUUUGGAAUGGAUGAUCCUAAUACAACAUGGAGACAUGGAAAACCGGACUACACUGUGGUAAACAACAAAUACAUGCGUGAGAAAAGUAAGAAUCACCCAACUGGAUCUUUGGAGAAAACGGUGGAAAAUUUAGUGAAAUCCUGGGAGAUGGAAAGUUCACACAAAUCUGAUCUUAAGGACUGGAAAACGAUAUCAAAAGAUGGUGAUUUUUAUUUCCAAGUUAAUGGAGGUAAAAAGUUCACAGGAGAAGACAAUGUAGAGCUAGGGAACUACAACAUGAUGUUAUUGGAAUCACCGUUUAUAGAUGUAUCUCAAGAAACACACGAUUCGUCACAUGCCCUCUUCAAAGAAGCGUUUCCAGAAGGAUUUCCCUGGGAAGUUCUCGAAGUUUUCUCAGGUCCACCAAAGGUUAGUUUUACAUGGCGACAUUGGACAAACUGGACUGGUCCAUAUAAAGACCAGAAACCAACAGGAGAGAAAAUUGAAAUGGUUGGUUCAUGUAUAGCGGAAGUGACGUCAGAUAUGAAAAUAAAAUAUAUUGAGGUGUUCUUUGAUCCAAACCCAGUAAUGGCAAAACUAACAGGAUACAAAUGUCCAUUGUCGCUAAUCAAAUGAACAGUGACAUAUGAGGGUCUGAAUGAGGUUCCUUCAUUUCUGGCAUUUUUCUCUAUUCUUUAUACUUUUUGCCCAUAUUUCUCUAUUCUUUAUACUUUUUGCCCAUAUUUCUCUAUUCUUUAUAUUUUAACACCACAUUAUUCUCUAUUUUUUAUUUUUUUGAUACAUUUUUCUCUUUUCUUUUUUUUUGGUACAUUUUUCUCUAUUCUUUAUUUUUUUCCCAUAUAUCAUUCUUUAUUCUGUAAACAUAUUACAUAUAUCCGAUUGCUUGAAUUUGUAGAUAUGAGAAAUGCAAACUGGUAUUGUACAUGCUAUUUUUCUACACGUUUGUAUUUUAACGAAUUGUGAAAAUGAACAAAAGACGAUUUUUGAAGAAACACGUACACACAUACUGAUGAAGAUAUAACUUUGGAUUAAGUAAUUCAUUUUUACUCUGAAAAUAAAUCUGUUAAAACUGUCUGUGGCAUAUAGAUAUGAAAUCCGUUAUUGUAUUAGUUGAAACAUGCAUUUAAACCAAAAGAUAAGUACAUGGAAAAUUUUAGCAAGAGAUGACAAUUAGAUGUAAUAAUAAAAGUCCGAAAGAUGCAUCACCAAAAUGGUUAUAUUUUAGAACUUUUUAAGAAAGAAACCAAGUUAGAGAAAUAGUUUAAUAUUUUGUCAACUAACCAUUUUAAUACAGUGUGCGAAUUAAGAUGUGUUAGUCACCGAUUACCAGUUACAACAGGAAGAUGGCAUGGUCUUUCAAGAGACAAUACUGUGUGCUAACUUUGUGACUCAACUGACAUUGAUGACGAAUACACUGUAUACUAUUACAUUAUGACUUGUGAUUUAUAUAAAUGUUCAGUUCUCUGUAACUUUGUAUUUAGUUGAUGAGAUAAAAGAUUCAUUCCUAUAUAAUAUCUUUGUACAAACAAUGGUGAAAGAUAUUUGUCCAACUAAUUGGAAUGUUUUUGUCUGGUCAUAAUAAAUUAAGAUUGACCAUUAACAGUAAUUUACACAGAAAUCAAGGUUUAUUGACAUAAAAUCUGUCCCGCUGAAUAUUAUCAAUGCAACCUUUAACAACGGUAAUUUUCAUUUAUCAAAUAUACAUUAAUUAGUGGAAGUUUAUACUCAUUAAAUUCUUAUAUAAUUCUUAUUUUCCUCUCAUAAUUUUUCAAUUUUUGAAAUGUGUGGUUGACAUUACUGAUUCCUUGACAUACAACAUUAUUCAAUUCAAAUAGUUUUUAAUACAUUAGAAAAAACAAAGGAUAUAUGAUAUCCAUUAUACAUGACACAAAAUCAGACGGCCCCUAGCAUCGGCUUGAGCGCAAUGUUUUGCGAAAAUAAAAAAAAAAGUACGUUUAUAAUUUGAAAUAACACUUUGUUCUGCACAAUGAUACUGUACUUGCAAUAUUUAUUUUCUCUUUCAUUAUUUUUAACUACAGAUUCUUUAAAGGUGGUUGAAGAUUCUUCGCUUUUUUAUCAGGCAUUGUGGUUCCCAUUUACUUUCAUUCUCACAAUUCUAAUAUUAGUUUAGCAUAUUUUAAUUGCAUUAUCAUAAAAGAUAAUUCAUUUGCUAAUCUCACUGACAAUGACAAAGUUAUAUAUAUAUACUUAACCAAUCAACACCAACACAAGUGAAUAAACUAUGAUCCUUUAUUAAAAAGUCAAUAGAACUGAGGACGGGGGACCCUUUAAUAUUUACUUGAACCUGUAUAUAUAUAUUGAGUUACUUAGUUAUUGUCUUCAUUUGUUUUGUUAUAUGUCACAAACUGUAAAGUUUAUAUGGCAAUAAAAUAUUGAAUUGAA